UUACUUGCACUGCCGCAGGUCCGCACACUGGUACAUUUACCACAGCACGGACGGCCACUUGGCAUCUGGCAGAACCAGGCAGAUGGGCCAGUGCAUCCUUCGAAUAUCAUGCUUCGGCGUUCGCACGGUGAAACGUCUAUCUUGAUCACGCCAAGAUUGACCCCGCCCACUGGCAGAAAACUAGAUUAAUUCGUCUCUCGUAAUUCUAGUUGCAGUACGGACGACCGCAUCAGAUGCAUCAUGCAGAUCCGUCAACACAGCUUUGCGCUGUGGAACAUUUAUUGACUACUUGCGUUCGAUAAUCCACCCAGAAACUUCGUUCGUUCGUUCUCCUGUCUUAAUCUGCUUUAUCGACUGCAAUCAUCAUGAUGGGCAUACCACUCGACAAAGCUUUGCUCUUAGCUUUGUUUCUCGAGACGUUGUUUUACGGCGUGUUCUUUACUUUGUACUGGUUAACGCUGUUCAUCCUACUCAAGAAAGGCAGUGGCAUUCAACGGCAACUCCUUGUCCCAGUGACAACUUUGCUGCUCUGCUCUGCAACGGCCCAUCUAAUCGUCGAUUUCGUUCGAGCACUCAAGGCAUUCAUAUUCAAGGCGGGUAUGAUUGGUGCAACUGCCUAUUAUUCCAACUUUUCUUUGCCGUUGUUCCUCGCGAAAACCGCGAUUUACAUCACGCAACUCACUCUCGCGGAUGGUGUAGUUGUUUGGCGAUGUUAUAUCGUCCACGACAGGAGUCUCUUAAUCGCCAUUCUUGGUUGUGUUGCGCUGUUGACCAAUGGCGCAAUUGGGUACUAUAUCGUAUGGUCCGUUUCUCGGACCACUGCUCUUUCUACCACUUCUCAUGAGUGCAUCACAACAUUCAUUACAUUGACCAUGGUUAUCGAUGUUACAUGCACUACUUUGAUUGCCCGGCGCAUCUACAGCACUCGCCGUUUCAGGCCAGACGGCCUUAUUGCUUUUUUACCCGUUCUCAUCGUCAUCGUUGAGAGCGGCGCUUUAUAUGCAACGAGCGUCCUCGCACUCCUUGUGACAUUCUUGGUCGGAUCCAAUGGCCACUACACCGUUUUAGACAUUAUCCCUCCUAUUGUGGGGAUUGCAUUCUGCCUCGUCAUCCUGCAAAUACACAUAAGGUGGCCAACUCCCGACCGAACGACCCUUUGACGCAAGGGGCAUCAUUACCGACCU